AAGACAGCAUAAAAUUCACAACACCACAACAAACAGGCUUUUGUGUGUCGUGUCGCACAAACGGAGUUUGUUUGACCCACGACGACCACCACCGCAACCAUGGGAGACGUGUUUGUGGAGGCGGAUGCUGCUGCGAUGGCGGCCGGGAGCACGAAUGGCCAUGGGCACGCCCCGCAACACAGUGGCGGCGCAAACACCACCACGACGACCACGACGACCACGACGACCACGACGACCAGAAGCAGCAGCAACAUCAACACGGACGCUGCUGGAUCGACAGCGACGCGCAGCAACACCACCAACAAUGGUGGCGUGAAGGUGAUGCAUGUCAGCAAGGCGGAGAUGGACAAGGAGUGGCCCUUUGACGUCAUCAAGAAGAACAUCUACAAGUCGUCGUCGACAUCCCGCUCUCGCAACCGCGAGAAGUUUGUUUGCGAGUGCAAGUACGACCCCAGUGACACCGACAGCGCCUGCGGCGAAGGCUGCCUCAACCGCAUGCUCAUGAUCGAAUGCGAGAAGAAAAGCUGUCCUUGUGGAUCCAAGUGCCAGAACCAGCGCAUGCAGCGGCAACAGUUUUCAAAGGUGGAGGUGUUUCAGACGGAGCGCAAAGGCAAAGGCCUGCGAGCCGUCGAAGACAUCCACGCGGGCCAGCUUGUUUAUGAAUACUGUGGUGAAGUGUUGGACUUGCUUGAGUUUGAGCAACGCAUGCGGUGGACGGUGAAUGGGGACACGCGCAUUGGAUUCUUUGCCGUGCGCGACAUUGCAGCCGGGGAGGAAAUCACCUUUGACUACAAAUACGAGCGCUUGGGGGAGACUGCGCAGCCGUGCUACUGCGGCGCGGCCAACUGCCGCGGGUUUCUUGGAGCGAAGCGUGAGGACAGCAGCAGCUCGCGCCGCGCGUCGUCGUCGUCGUCGGGGACGUUCCAGUCCCGCGCCCGCCGUAUGGCCCGCCAGCGCGAACUCACAGAGCUGUCUGACAAGUUGUGGGAGAUUUGCGGGAAGGAGGGCGUGCUGACGAACUAUGCGACGGUGCAGUCGUUUAUUGUGCUGCUCAAGGACACAACCAAGUGCCCAGAGUACUUCCAGCGCGUUCUCUCCGUCCUCCUCGACACUGAGAACAAGACGUGCCUUGAAGGGUUUGUUGCAAAGCGCGGACUGACGUUUUUGAAGAACCUUCUUGAAACGGCCAACACAACUGAGGCUGUUGACGUUCUUGAACGGUGUCUGCUUGUGCUGGGGCGGCUGCCGGUGUACACGAAGAACGUCGUCGACAGCUGCGGCAUCAUGCCCGUCCUCGAAACCCUCAACACACACGACGUCUACGAUGUCCAAGUGCAGUCAAAGCAGCUCGCAGAGAAGUGGUCGCACUUGAAGGAGGUGUGGGUCAUCUCGCGAGACACAGCGGCUGUGGAUCACGAUGCGCAGCGCAUCCAGAUUCCAGCGAUAAGACGCAACGACUUCAGAAAGAGCAAGUUGCAGUCGCUUGAGGGAGAGCUGUCCGUGUCGCUCGACCUGCAACGCGGUGCACGUGGUGGCGAUUUUGUCCUCGUCGUCGAAGGAAAACCGGACCGCGUGUCCGCAGCCAUCCAGCACAUCAACGCAUACAUGGACACUCUGAAACUGAGGGAUGAGCAGCGCCAGCAAGCGGAGGUGCUGUCGCGAACGUCGUCGACAUCCGCAACGCCAGCGCCCCUCUCGGCCUCAUCGUCAAGCACCGCCCUCAACACCUCAAACCCGCAUAUGUCCGCAACGCCGCAGCGCGCGUUCCACCCGAAUCACCAGCAGCAGCAGCAACAGCAACAGCAGCCAUUCUUCAGCCCGGCUGGCAGCGCACACGUCAUGCACGCCGCUCCGGCAGGGUUUGCUGCAGGUAUGGGACCAGCGCAACAACAACAGCAGCCCCUGCCGCUGUACGCUGGUGGUGGCGGCGGCGCACACAUGCAACAGCCAAUGCACCCCUCAAUGCAACCACAACAGCAGCAGCAGCAGCAACCGUCACAGCCCCAUCAGCCCGGGCUGCUUGGUGGAAUGGGCCCACCGCUGCCUGGGGGUGCAAUGCUGCAACAGCUGCAGCUGCACGCGCACGAGCCCAAGCCAGCCCCGUGCGGGCUGCCAUGCCACAUGAUCCCGACAGACAAGAUUGACGAGCGAGCGCUGCAGGAGCCUGUGCAUCCUGAUUGGGCGCAGGUGAAGGAUGCGGGCUCGUCCAAGUUUUACUACUACAACCGCUUCACAAAGGAAACCACGUGGGACCGCCCAACCGUACAGCACGGCCCUGCUGGACGGGACGAGCCGACGGCGCUGGAGAAGGCGUUGGAAGAAAUGCGGGAGCAGGAGCGGAGGAAGAAGGAAGAGGAGGAGGAAGAGGAGGAGAGACGGAAGAGGAAGAAGGAAGAGGAGAGGAGGAGGAAGGUAAACAAGGCAAACAAGGCGGCCCGCAACGCGAAGGCUGGCAGGGGAGAGGGGAGCUCGAGCAGCAAGCGUGCAAAGAGGAGCACGGAUAAGCACAGGAGCAGCAGCAGCAGCAGCAGCAGUCGUCGUCGUCGCGAUGACGAUGAUGACGAUGGCGACAUGAAUGACGAUCCAGCAUCCGCCCGCGCAAAGUUCAAGAAGGACGUGAGCGCGACGGUGAUCAAGUUUCUGAAGCGAUUCCGGGACGAGAAGGUCAAGUUUGGGCGCAUCACCAACAGCGAUGACUUUAAACACCUCGCACGCAAGUUGACGCACACCAUGGUGGAGAAGAUUGCGCAGCGGCGCGGCGGCGAACUGGCCGGUGCUGUUGUCGAUAAAGCCAUGCGCACAAAGAUUUACGACUUUGUGAAUGCGAGCAUGAAGAAGUGCGGGCCGGAAUACCAGCGCUCUGUCCUGCACUCCUCCGCCCUCACCUCAACAUCGUGACUUUCUGAUUGCUCGCUCGUGAUGGCAUCUCGCUUGCAGAUGUCAUGCCACAGUAUCGUGCUGUGUGUCGUGUUGUGUCUUGUGUGUUUGUCUCUCUUCCUCUCCCUUUCUCUUAGACUUUGUCUUUGUCUCUUCCCUUGCUUGCUUGUUGAUUUCGUUCGUACGCAGCUGCUUCCUCUCUCUAUCUCUCUGUCUGUGUCUUUGGCUCUGUCUCUUUGUGUCCCUGAUCACCAUGUUCUGCUUUCAGUUGUUCUUCUUCGUGGUAGUCCCCAUUCUUAGAUUGUGCUGUCUCACACGCGUGCGAUGGCGUUAUUCGAUCGCUCUCAUAUUCCCUUGCAUGUGCCGUGCUGUGUUUGUUGGUGGUGGUGCUCGUGUUGUUUGUCUGUACG